GCAGGGUUGCCGUACGGCGCUCGCAGCUCGCCAGGCGCCCGUCGAGUCCCUCUGAGCCGGAGCCGCCUUUGCGCGCCUGCCUAGACGUCCGCCCCCCGACGACGCGCCCGUGCCCUCCAUGCGCGCCACGCUCGCCCUCCUCCGGCUGCUGCUCUGGAGCUUAGUGUGCCAGCAUGCCGCUGGAUCAGGGCUAAAUGUGACAGAACAAGAGCAAAACAUGCCCAUCCUGAGGACUCUUAAUACACCUGCAGCUGGGGUGUUUUCCUCGGGAGUUGACUAUGAAGAGACUGAAGAGGAAGAAGUGGCAAUGGCACCUCAAUUCCUUGCAGGUGAUUCAGCUACAGUUGCAUUUGAACUUAAAAAGCCAGCAAAAUCAGAGAGCGGGAAAAAGAACUCAAACAAACCCAAAAGAAAGGGAAACAACAAGGGGAGGAAAAACAAGAAGAAAACUCCAUGUGAAGCAGAGUUUAAAAACUUCUGUGUACACGGUGAUUGCAAAUAUUAUGAACAUCUUCGAAAAGCCACAUGCAAGUGCCACUCGGAUUACUUUGGCGAACGUUGCGUCGAGCAGUUCUUGAAGACGCACAGUGCCGAUGGCAACGAUGUAGAAAGUUCCACAUCCACAAUACUUGCGUCGACGGCUGGUUUGCUCACCUUUGCUGCCAUUGGGAUCAUUGUAACACUGUUGGUAAGGAAAAGGUGUUCUGUGUGUGAUGAAAAGGAAGAACGGAAAAGGCUCCGGCAAGAAAACGGAAGUUCCAGCAAUGACGUUUAAAGGUAACUGAAGGAGAUGCCUCUGAAAAGGCUAUUGCUGAAGCACACGCCCUUCCGUGGAGGCACGUCGGAAAAGGUCAAACUGAGAACCUCAGAGGAGCACGUUGAGAGCCUGAGACCAUGUCUGCCCAACAUGGAAGAUGCCCCAAGGAGGGGCUUUGCACUCCCUUUGCCUCUCCGCAGCUGCCAGAGGAUGUCAAGCAUGCCGCCACACUUGCAGGAAUUAACACCUGUAGUUUCCACAGCUGCUGGAGAGCUGCCCCGCCCUGUUCAGUACUGGAAGACGACCCAAAGAUGGUUACCGUGUGUGCAUCAAUCUGCACUGGAGAACUAUCGGCAGGUAGUUUACAGAGACUUCUGUGUGCAAGGGAGAGAAUUUAGGAGAUGUUCGUGCAAAGGGUUUUCUUCUUCUUCUUCUUCUUUGUGUUGUGACUGACUUCCACACACACACACACCCCUCAAGGUGAAAGGGGGCGAGGGAAACAGAGCAGGCUUUGAAAUAAGUCUCACGUUGCUUAAAGAGCUCUGUGACUCCCAGCCUGGGAUAAACGGCACAGGGUGUGCCUCCCUUCUCCUACACCUCCACCUGUUGUCACCUUGAGGGCUCCUGCUUGCCACCUGAAAAGGUGGCAGACCAGAAAUGUCACUGCUGUCUGCUUUCUGUUCUAGAUGUCUUACCGUGGAGGUGCACGAGCUGUUUCCAAGUUUGCUGCUGCUAUAGUUCUUUCUUUCUUUCUUUCUUUCUUUCUUUCUUUCUUUCUUUCUUUCUUUCUUUCUUGAUAAAUGUACGUUUUUAAAGACCAACAUCUCAUGGCAAAACUCUCAUGUAAGAGUUGCUUGUUGCUGCUGUCUUGGGGUUUGUCUAAUCCCAGCAGUGGCAUAGCAUGGGCGAGGCAACAGGGGCACAAAAUUUCAAAAGGGAAACAAAAUGGAAGUAGUAAUCAUAAAUAUAAAAUAGUGUGCCCUCCCCAUCGCACAGAAGAUCUCCUAAGGUUUGUGUGGGCAGACUGAGGAGUGGAUUUGGGCAAUGGCCAAUUGCUAGGGUGCCCUCUGCACGGGCUUUAGAAAGAUACCCAUUCCUAACCAAUCCCCUGUCCCACCCCUGCCAUGCUUGACACUCGCAGGGCACCACUGCUGCCACUUGGGUAGGUCACUGAGCUACUGCCCCUUCAUUCCAGCCUAUUGGCGGGUGGUGCUGAGGAUACUUGAUUUGCCCUGGGCUCUAGCAAUGCAUGCUAUGCCACUGAAUCCCAGUCAGCUGCAGUGUGCCAAAACGAGAGUAUCGCUGAACUGUCCCUUUAGCAUUCAGAAGCCCAGGGCUGCUGUUUUCGCAACCUGUGCUGUGUAACAACCGAGACGGCUGAGAUGUGGAAAUAACACUAAAGGCCACCUACUGAAGUUCUCCACAAAGCACAGAUUGUUCUGGAUUUAAGUAGGCUGGGAAGUGAAUUCUAAAUCAGCAGUCUGAUAGUUCCCGUAAUCCUUGGAGAGCUUGCCGCAAGAGAGGUCGUAAAAUGAGACUGUUUUGCCAGUCCUGUUGUCUUGCUGCUUCUCCCUUGCAGCCUGGAUGAGGCCUGGGGGUCCUGUGGCUCUACCGAGGUUUCUGGAGCUCAUCAGCUCUAGCCAACUUGGCCCAAGGUCAGGAAUGAUGCAAGUUAUUUUCCAUCAACAUCCGGAGGAAAACAGGUUCCCCACCGCUGCCCUAGAUCCUUCUCCCACCUCAAGAAAAGAAUAAAUACUUGUGCCAGUGCAGUAACAGCGUCCCCUUCUCAGUACCCUUUGGAAUACGGGGGCAAAGGCAUGCUAGGAUAUGCCCAUUUAUGGCAAAAGUGAAUGAUGAGCAAUCAUAUAAGGCAACUUAUAAUAUUUUGAUACAACAAUUAUGGGGGGAAUGGAUUGCUUUGGCACACAAACUUAUCAACACUCACCACCUUCAGUGGAGUUCUUUGUUUUGUUUGUAGAAAUGUAAAUCUUCCUGCAUUGAACAGUGGCAUGGCAUAUCUUAAGCAGUCUAAUUGUGUGUAAACUUGCAACCACAUGCUAUUACUUUAUGCUUCCUGUAAAGUUAUGUAGGACUUCCUGCAAAGCUGCGUCUUAAUUAACUCAAGCUACAGUCCUAUAUACUAUUUCCUGUGAGCCCCACUGAACACUGUGGGAUUUGCUUCUACAAGGGACUGUACCCUUAAGUUACUCUGGCUUGUAUAUAAGAUUGUUUUGACUGAAAAGGAGAACUUGAGCGACACAGUUUGAUUUUACAUUAGUGUAAAUAUGUAUUCGUGCAGAAGUUUUGGUUUUUUUUAAUAUUGUAAAUAAUGUGUUCCUGUAUUUAAUAUGUUUGCACAACUUGACAUGACCUAUUUAUUUUAUUAAACUUUUUUACAUAAAU